AGACACAGUGCCCCAAGCCAGUGUGGACAUGACGACCGUCUUAGAAGUGAGCGAGGCGGACGGAGUUACCGGCCACGCGCACAGCCUGGCCAUCACGGCUCCGGAGAGGGUCACCUUCGUCAAGGGCACCUGCCGGGAGGAGGCCCGGUGGUGGGCUGACGUGCUGAGCGUCUACCCUCGGAGUAAGGGUCGACACAAGAGAAACGCUACCUUCCCCGGCGGACAAACGGCGAGCCUGCUCCAAUCAUCGACCACCAGAAAGUACUCAGCAGACGCGUCCACCCUCCGCGACGUGGCGGACGGCUGCCCGGCGGCGCGGCCCCGGUACUGCGCCGGCAGCACCACCACCUGGCCCGGCCCGAGGGUGCAGCCUCCGCAGCCCGAGAUCCCCAGUCUGGCAGCCCCGACACCCAUCGACACCAAAGUUUACACCGACCAACCAGUGUCCUCGGCGUCUCCCCCGACCCGGGACAAGAUCAACGGGGAGGAGAAGGCCAGGUCCCGCCGCAGGGACACCUGGGCCGAGCCCACCACCGCUCCAGUCAACGACGACGAUGCAGGUGUCGGCGUAACAUCGCCGCUUCUGCAGCAGCAGUGCCAGCAAUACGACGAGCAGCUGCGAGACAUCGCCGCGUCGCUGACCAGGCCGCGCUCGCGCCGCGCGCUGCCGCCGACCCUCGAGAGACCCACAAGACUGCCGCCACCAGACCGACUACCGGUUCGGGGCACUCCAGAUGGUGGCGUGCCACCCGAAGAAGGUAGCUCUAGCUCUUCAAGCGAAGGCAGCGAACCAACUGACGCUGCAGAAGUCACCGAAAGCGGCGAGGGGGGAAGAGUCGAACUGCCUGCAGAGAAACUCCUCCAUGCCAGGGCUGGCUGGCUUCAAAGAAGGGGGCCCGGGGGCUGGUCGCGACACUGGUUCGUGCUGAGAGGAGCAGCACUUCUGUACUUCAGGGACCCUCACGCGGAACACAGGGGUCUCAUGGAUGGAGUCAUUGACCUCAGCGGAGUAGCAAGAGUGGUAGAGUUGCCGACAUCUGCAUCUACAAAUGGAUAUGCCUUUGAAACAGAAACUUGGGACGGCAAACAUAUAGUACUGUCUGCAGUAACGGCCGGCAUCAGAGCCAACUGGAUGUCAGCUAUUCUGAGAACAGCUGGCCUUCCUGACUCUGGACCUCUAACUCUGAUACUCCGCGAGGAUUCAGUGGAUCAAGCUUCUGAAUCAUCAGCGUCACCUGUUACACCAGUCACUCCUAUUACUGGUAAAUCGGGGCCAUUCUCCUCGGAUGAAGAAUAUAGAACGGCAUCCGAAGGCGGGAGGAGGGACAGCGCAGACUGGGGAGAUGUGGCCCCACAACCUCCACCUUCUCCAAUCUUAAACAGAACUCCUAUUUCCAAAGUAAAAGAAAAAGUUCGCGCUCGAAACUAUCUUCAGCCGAAGACGGAUAACACAAAAGCGGACAAAGAUGAAACCGAUGCAACCAAAGAAAAAGAACGACCGUCGGACGAGGUGGACGAAAAUGAGAAGCCUACGGAGCCUCGCAAACGUAGCUACAUAUCGACAAUCGACAAGCAAUCUAUCGAAAUCGAAGCUCUGCGUAAACAGCUCAAGCUAGCGCUGAGUGACGUCAACGCAGCCGAGUCGGAGCUCGCCAGACUGCGGCAGCUCAAGUCGGAGGCUGCUAUGAGAGAAAAGAAAAUGGAGGAGCUUGUUACGACCUUACAACAAAAAGAAGAAGAACUAUCGAAAAGAACGAAAGAGGCCGAAAACCUUAAUACAAUAAAGCAGCUAUACAAUCAGGACAAGUCGAUGUGGGAGAAUAAGCUAACGGAGACACAAAAUGUCCUCAAAGAGUCUACGGAGCACUGUGAGUUGCUAACGAGACAACUAACUUCUGCUCAAGAAACUGUCAAACAACUUCAAAGGGAAUUAAACGACUUGAAUGAAAAACUCCUUAAGAGUGUCAAAGAAAAUGAAAGUUUGUACGCUAGGAUCAGAGACCUUGAAGGGCGCGUUGUAGCAGAAUCGCCAACAAGGGAAAAGAGAAAGAGCAUCGGGUCCCUGAGCGAUUUGACAAACAUGAAUCAAGAUUUAAAUAUAGACUCAUUGGAAAAGAGCAGACUGAUUGAAGAAUAUGUCGACCUUAGAGAAAGAUUCAUGAAAGCCAUUCAAGAAAUUAAAGCUAUGAAGAAGGAGCUUCGCGAGUCCCACAAUAUGUACGAUGAGCUAGAAAUUACAAAUAUGAAAUUAAGAAAUGAGAUGAAAUUGAGGGAACAGUGCAGCAGAUCAGAAAUAGAUUUAAUGGCAGCUCGUAUAUUAGAUUUGACUCAGAAACUCACGGCGUCGGACAAACAGGUCCGCACUCUAAAACAUAAGAUACAGAAAACUGAGUCGAGAGAGAAAAGGCGCAGUUUAUCACUUAAAGGUAGAGAAGCUUUAACACUCGGGAAGGAAGUCGAAGAGAAACUGACGGAGUUAGAAAACAAAAUCACCAUGUUGGAAUCAGGGGAACCCGUUCCCACGAUAAACUCACCAUCAAAGAGCACCUCCCCAUCCAAAGAGAAAGGUACGAAAGCGGAGGGCUCUGAUGAAAAGCGCAUGAAGCGGCUGGCCGCGCGACUCCGGAGAAAGUCUCUCGACAGCGCCACGAGCUCCGAACCUAUGAAAAUGCUAGUCAGACUCAGCUCACUCGAAACUAAAGUGGCCUCCGCGCUGGAAAGCCGACGAGACCUCGGCAACUCGUGCGAGUCAUUAGGACAGGCGAUGAGAUCCACCGACAGUCCUGUCCUCAACGAGAGUUCGGAGUCAUCUUCUCUGGUCGGCACCCAGUACCAGAGGCACCUUCUCGAUCGGCUGCAGAGUCUCGAAAGCGUCGUCAUCCAUUCGAGGAAUAAGGUCAACGAGUGUCUCUGUCAAAUGAGUGCGAUGCGCGCCGCCAAGUCGAGGAGGUCGCCGUCCCCGAGCCUCGAGAAGAAAUACAGCGUCAGGUCGAUGGAGAAAUGCCUCACCGAGGUCAGCAAGCGACUUCAGGAAUGCUUCGACCGAUGCGUAGUCGACCCGGAGCGCUCCGACGACCGCGAAAUCAACGACGGCGUCGCACGCGCCGUAUCACAACUGGAGGAGCGACUGAGAACCAAGUUGCUGGAAAUAUCGAGGCGAAAGGCGGCACUCUACGAGGCCGGAGAACUGACGCAGAGACGCAGCCUCGAGCUGCUAGCGGAGAAACUGGCGUACGAGGCCGUCCUCGUCGGAAAGAUACAGGAAGCGCUGGAGGCGGCGGACGGCGGGGCUUUCUUCGCACGACUAGUUCGGGCCGAAAUCGCCGAGACCGGGAAACUCGUCGACGACCUCCGACGACGCAUCGCGGGCGAGACCCGCAACUCCUCGACGAGGACCUCCCUGGACUAUCUCGCGAGAAUUCUGUCGCGGCGGAUCGACCUCGCCAGCGGCGCCCGCGACCCGGCGCGGCCGAGGCCCAUCGAUCUGGCGAUCCACGGCGCCGACCUGGACGCGCUGAAGGCGGCGCAGCGCGAGGUCGGCGAGGCGGUGGACCGGUACCGCGCCGAGCGGCUCGACGAGCUGCGCACCGCGCUCGGCGGCGACGAGGCGGAGCGGCGCUGCGGCGAGGCGACGGCGGCGGCGCGCGAGGCGCUCGGGGCGGAGCUGGUGCGCGCGGAGGUGGCGCGCGCGCUGUCGCGGGCCGCGGCCGCCUGCGAGCGGCGCCUGGACGACGCGCGCCGCGCGCACCUCACGCUCGCGGCGCAGGACCGCGCCGACCUGGAGCUGUGGUGGCGCGCGGCGCACGACCGGCUGCGCGCCGAGAUGGAGGCCGUGGCGCGCGACGUGGCGGCGGCGGGCGGGGCGGGGACGCCGGGCGGCGCGGGGGCGGGGACGCUGCGGGAGCUGGCGGAGGUGCUGGCGCUGCGGGCGCUGGUGGACGCGCGCGUGGCCGUGCUGGAGGGCACGUACCGCGCGGCGGGCCCGCGGGACGGGGACGCCGCGCGCCGCUCGGCCGAGGACGCCGUCUCCUCGCUGGACGCGGACCCCGCCGAGGAGGCGGAGUUCGUGUACCUGUUCCAGCGGUUCUCGAACGAGUGCCGAGCGCUCUUCUCCGGUGACUGUUCGGGCAACAGUGACGACUCGAUGAAGAUCGGCGAGAGCCUCGAGCGGGUGGAGGCGGCGGUGGCGGCGGUGGCGCGGCAGCUGGCGGGCGCGGAGGGCGACGAGGAGGCGGCGGCGGGCGGCGGCGCGGGCGGCGUGCUGGAGCGCGUGGAGGCGCUGCGGCGGCGCGUGGAAGCUCUGCAAGCGCUGGUGCCGUGCCAGCACUGUAAGCAGCUCCAAGACGCGCUGGACAGGCUGCAGGCGGAGCGCGCGCGCGGCGAGUGCGCGCUGGCCCAGCAGGCGGGCGCGCUGGCGGCAGCUCGGCGCGCGCGGGCGCAGCUGCAGGCGCAGCACGAGCGCGAGCGGGCGGCGCUGCGGGAGCGCGCGCGCACGUUACAGCGCCGGCUGGCCGCGCUCGACUCCGAGUACUCGGCGCAGCUUGAGAAUCUGCGCGCCGCUUACCAGAGCGCAGUAGCUGCGGACACGCACGGCGACGGUCUGCGCGCGCGCUACCAGCAGGAAAUCGAGCAACUGCGCGCGCUGUGUGAAAAAGGACUAUUGGCCAUGGAGAGCUCGCACCGCCGCAUCGUGCGCGAGAUGGAGGACAAGCACCGCGCCGAGAGGGAGCAGCUCAGGCUGGACAAAGAGCAGGCCCUAGCCGAGGAGACGCGCGCAACCCUGGCCGCUUUGGACGCUAUGCGCAAAGCACACGAGAGCGAGGUGCGCCGCGAGGUUGACAAGUUUAAAGCAGAGUUCCUGUCGCGAGGGAACCACCCAGACAUCACGCAGCUCAGCUCGAGGCACCAGCAGGAGAUGGAAGAAAUCAAGCAAGAGAUCCUGUCGCUGUCGGACAAGUACUCGGUGAAGUGCGUGGAGUCGGCCGCGCUGGAGGAGCGCCUCGCCGCCGCCACCGCGCAGCUGGCGCACGCGCACAACCACAUCAUGCAGCUCGACUCCAGAAACAAACAGCUGCGCGCUCACCUCAUUUCCGAGGCCAACGAAAUGAAGAACGGUACGGAAGCGUCCACUCUCUCGCAGCUCAUCGAAGACACUGCGCCGCAUGGGAGGGCGGAGGCGCCGCUGUGGGCUCACCUGCGGACGCUGGCGGCGGCCUGGCAGCGCGCCAACAUCUAUACAGGGGAAAUCGUCAAGGGCGAGUCCUCUGCUGGAGGCAGCGAGACCGACGCGCCCGGCCAAGAUCCAGUUCGCGAAGACAGAGAGCACCAGAAAUCUGCAGCUGUCGCCCGUCCAGAACUAAAAGCGACACAACGCUGCUCGGCGAGCAGCCGCGUGCCGCUGGCGCCACUGGCCGGGGUGGUGGCCGAGCGCAAGAAGCGCUUCGAGCUGUAGCCGCAGCGCGCCGCAGCGGGCCGCAGCAGUCCGCAGCGGGCCGCAGCAGUCCGCAGCGGGCCGCAGCAGCCCGCAGCGACGCAAUCGCGAACUUAUUGCCAAAGGUUAAGGAGUUUCACAUGUAUUAUGUUACGGAAUGUAUUGUCACGUCUCACCCACCAUGCGAGCACCUGGCCACUUUGCUUAACGUCCCACAUAUAACGUCGAUUACGUAAAAACAUUAUCUAGCUUAGCGAAGCCCAAAAGUAUUGCCGUCUUUUACAUUUGUUAAGAAUAUGAAAAGCAUAGCAUGUCUUUUAUUAUUAGAUUAAGUUCAGGUAAUGAUUUUACACAGUCGUAAUUGUUUGAUUUUAAUAAAUUUAUGUAAUUUUAUGUGGUAGUUGAUAUAUUAUUUGCACGUUGCGACAGAUAUAUAGUCAAAAUAUCACGAUGAAAUGUAUUACAGUAAUAGUUUUAGCAAGCAGAUGUGGAAUUAGCAACUUGUUCCUAUUGAGAUAGUAUGACGAUUACUGAUUUCACAGCUGCGCGACUUAUUUUAAGUUUGUAGCCAGGGAUCGUUCAUUUAUUAAUGAUAUUUUAUUUAAUAUCGCAAUUGUUUUUAAAACCAUGUAUUGUCCCAGUAACAACAACCUAUUUAUUGUUCGUUAAUUACAGAAAUUGUACUAUAUUAACACAAGCUAAUACUGCUUAGGUCGUAGUAUCGAAGUCACAAAGUAUUUAGACGCGAAGGUGACCACUCGUAACGAUCGGUAACUUAUCACAAAUAUUUAAUCGAUUUAUUGCCCCGUCGUAUAAAUUCGCUUAGUUUUAAGCAUCGAUAACCUAAAUAUAUUAAAGUACUGACGCCCAUAUUUAUAUGCUUAGCCUAGUUCGUAAGGUAUGGAAUAAGACCAAAAACAGUUCUCCCUAUACUAAGUGGCCAGCAUGUUUUCCCACCCACCACACGAGUUGUAUAUAACAUUAAAGUUUAUGUGUUGUUUUCUUUACGUAAUUUUAAUUAACUUUAGUUUGUACAUUGUUUCUUUCUAUUUAAAUGUCUUUCCUUCUGUUAUUUAAGUUCUUUCGCUAAUUUCUUAAGUUAGUUUUUAGAUGAUUGGGUUAGUGAUGUUUCAAACUUGUAAAAAUUGUAACAUUGUGUACAUACUAACGGUUCUGUCGCCCGACCGCUGUCCUGUGGACCGUCCGUUUAUCUAUAAGGAAUCGUUACCAAAUAUUUUCAUAUUUAUGACAUUUGUGCUCUAUUGGAUGUUUGGGCAUGACGCAGUGCUUUGACGCUUUUCAUUAAAAUUAAAUAUGAAAGAUGUAUUUAUAAAAAUACAUAUUGUGUAGUAUUUGCAGUGAUAUUCAAAUUUUUUGUUUGUUCGAUGUGACUGGCUAUUAUUGUUCAAUAUUAGCUAGAGGUCACUGACGUAAUUCGGCGUGACUGCAAUGUAGAAAAAUGUCAAAGUACUGCGGCGUCUCGCGUUAAUUUUUUUGUGUAGAUUUUAUACAUAGUCUUUAUUCGUGGACAUGCAUGAUAAUAUUUCGUCGUAUAACAUUGAAGAGUUUCUAUAUCCGUGCGUUUAACAUGAUGUCGCCUUUGUGACGUGUUUUCUGGGUUUUAUUGUUUUCCAAAAACGUUAGAUAGGUAUAUAUUUUAACAGAGUAUUAUUCUUUAUCAGAGGCUAAUGUACGGACUGCGUAUGUCUGCUAAACACGAUGUUUAACGCAUAUUAUAUUAUAGAGGCAUAUAUCGUUUGAACAUGUUAUUUAGAGUUUUUAAAUUAUGAUUCGUGUUUAUCACCGGUACCUAUUCCUUGUGUCAUCGUGUUAUCUCGUUACCAUAUUUCUAGCUGGGCAUUCGACUCUGUCUUCCACAAGUUUUGUAUUAACUCACUUUGUUGUGUAUAGAGUGUCACUCGCGUCGCGCCGUGAGCUAGGGGCAUGUAUAGUUAUGUAUCGUAUUGCUCAAUGUUGUCUAGUUGCGUUUGAACAUGUAUACCAAAACUGUGGGUCGCAUCGCGCGCAGGCGCAGGGUGCCUAGUGGGAGCGAGAUGGAUAUAAAAACGUUACACUUUUGAGAAAAAACUGCUCAGAAAGAGUGUUUCUUUCACUCUCCACCAGAUAGCGCCACUCGUUUACUUCAACACGAGAGUCUCAAACUCGCACUAAGCACUCUGUUCACUAGUGUCGGCUCUCCCUUUGUAUCAGUUGACGUUAAACUGUUUGUUUAUGUAACAAAGAUUUUUACAAUAAACUACUUAAUACAA